UUGCAUCGCUUUUCUCAUUCCUGUCGUGUAAGUUCAAGAGUUCAGACCUGUGCCGAUUUGCUCGUGAAAAUUCCUGCCGAUUUAUCUCCGGAUUAUUGAUCCUGCUACCAAAAUCCAAGUGUCCUCUGUGUAGACAAGUGCCUUCCGGUGUCGGUUCGCCCAGGAGAUCUUUUGCUACACCGUAGAAAUGGUUCUCAAGUCGAACAAGAUGUACGUCUUCAAGCGAGAUGGUCGCAAGGAAGAAGUCCACCUGGACAAAAUUACUUCGCGUAUCCAGAAACUGUGCUAUGGCUUGAACAUGGAUUUCGUCGAUCCGGUCGCAAUCACCUUGAAAGUAAUCAAUGGACUCUACUCGGGUGUGACGACUCAGGAACUGGACAAUCUGGCUGCGGAAACGGCUGCCACCAUGACAACGGAACAUGCGGAUUACGCUAUUCUGGCUGCACGUUUGGCUGUGUCCAAUUUACACAAGGAAACCAAGAAGCACUUUUCCGAUGUGAUGCAUGAUCUGUACAUGAUGGAGAACGAACACCUGAAGAAGCGCACACCCAUGAUCUCGGAGUUCCACUACAAGGUUAUCAUGGACAACGCCGAUCGACUGAAUUCGGCCAUCAUUUACGAUCGGGACUUUGGCUACAACUACUUCGGCUUCAAAACGUUGGAGCGGUCCUAUCUGCUUAAGAUCAAGGGUAAGAUCGUGGAACGUCCCCAGCACAUGUUGAUGCGCGUGGCCAUCGGUAUUCACGGGGAAGACAUCGACGCGGCCAUUGAGACAUAUAACUUGCUGUCGGAGAGAUACUUCACCCACGCUUCGCCUACCAUGUUUGCUGCCGCAACGUGUAGGCCUCAGUUAUCGUCCUGCUUCCUGUUGACCAUGAGCGACGAUAGCAUUGAGGGCAUCUACGAUACGUUGAAACAGUGUGCGUUGAUUUCCAAAUCCGCCGGCGGUAUUGGUUUGAAUGUUCACUGCAUCCGAGCCAAGGGAACCUACAUUGCCGGAACCAACGGCAUCUCCAACGGAUUGAUUCCGAUGUUGAGGGUGUACAAUAAUACGGCUAAGUACGUGGAUCAGGGAGGCAACAAGAGGCCUGGUGCAUUUGCCAUCUAUCUGGAGCCGUGGCAUGGAGAUGUGUUCGAGUUCCUGGAUUUGAAAAAGAACACAGGCGCGGAAGAUGUCCGAGCUAGGGACAUGUUCUACGCGCUGUGGAUUCCGGAUCUGUUCAUGAAACGAGUGGAAGCCAACGAAGACUGGUGCUUGAUGUGCCCGCACGAAUGUCCUGGAUUAUCUGAUACGUGGGGCGACGAGUUUGAAAAACUGUACACAUCCUACGAAGCGGAAGGUCGGUUCAUCCGCAAGGUGAAAGCGCAAGAUCUGUGGUUCGCGAUUAUUGAGUCCCAAGUUGAAACCGGAGUACCAUACAUGCUCUACAAGGACGCUUGCAACAGAAAGAGCAACCAGCAGAACAUCGGCACCAUCAAGUGUUCGAACCUGUGCACCGAGAUCGUGGAAUACUCCUCCAAAGAUGAAAUUGCCGUUUGUAAUCUGGCAUCCAUCGCCUUGAAUAUGUUCGUAAAACCCGACAAGACAUACGACUUCCAGAAACUGAAAGAAGUAUCCAAAACUGCCACCAAGAAUCUCAACAAAAUCAUCGACAUCAAUUUCUAUCCGGUGCCGGAGGCCAAACGGUCCAACUUGCGCCACCGCCCGAUCGGAAUCGGCGUCCAGGGAAUGGCCGAUGCGUUCAUUCUAAUGCGGUACCCCUACGACAGCCAAGAAGCCCAGAAGUUGAACCAACAGAUCUUCGAGACAAUCUACUAUGGUGCCCUUGAGGCCAGUUGCGAACUGGCGGAAAAAGAAGGCACAUACGAAACUUAUGCGGGUUGCCCGGUCAGCAAAGGGAUUCUACAGUAUGACAUGUGGAAUAAGGAACCCACAGAUCUGUGGGACUGGGCCGCUUUAAAAGAUAAGAUCGCCAAACACGGAGUUCGCAAUUCGCUGCUUUUGGCGCCUAUGCCGACGGCUUCGACCGCACAAAUUCUCGGCAACAACGAGUCCUUUGAACCGUACACUUCCAACGUUUACAACCGACGAGUACUGUCCGGUGAAUUCCAGAUUGUCAACCAUCAUCUGCUCAAAGAUCUGACGGAGCUCGACCUCUGGGAUGACGACAUGAAGAAUCGUAUUAUUGCCAACAAUGGAUCGAUUCAGAACAUAGAAGAAAUCCCGCAGCAUAUCCGUGAUCUGUACAAGACGGUGUGGGAAAUUUCGGUCAAAAGCUGUAUAAAAAUGGCAGCGGAUCGCGGCGCCUUCAUCGAUCAAUCCCAAUCCUUCAACAUCCACGUGGCCGAGCCCAACUACGGUAAGUUGACGUCGAUCCACUUCUACGGCUGGAAGAUGGGACUGAAAACCGGAAUGUAUUACUUGCGUACCAAGCCGGCGGUUAACGCCAUUCAAUUUACUGUGGACAAAACUCGGUUGAAUCAGUCGAACAGGAUAAACAACAGUGGCUCAGUCAGUGGUUCUCCAUCGAAAAUGAACGGCGAUACAAGUACGCCGAGCAAAGCCAACAACAGCCAGUCCCCCGUUAAGCCAACGGACAAUGGUCAGCAGAAUGGUUCUCAUGCCGAGCGUAACCGAAGGAUGGCCGAGAUGGUGUGCUCGCUGGAAAACAAAGAGGACUGCAUGAUGUGUGGAUCGUAAGUGCAUACGACAUGCUCGGUUUAUGUAUAGAUUCUAACUAGCUAAGGCAAUAAUCCUAAUGUGUCUUUUUCAAACAGUUCAUUUGGCUAUUGUUACACGUUAAUGGGAAUGUACUUAUUUCAUUACAUAGUGUAGAAUUCAUAAAUCAUACUUAAGUUUUACAAAAAGACUAUAAAA